UGUUCAUUUAUAAUGGCGGAUCGCUGUUCCCCUUCCAUGUUUUGUAACACACCCCGCAUGUUGCGUCCUAUCCCUGUGUUUCUAAUGAUUUCUAAGUCCGUAUCCUUAACAUAAAAUGAGUUUUUAACAAUCGGGAACAAUGAAAAUAUACAUUAUUAUUAGUUCUAAUGGAAAGUUAUGCGAUGAUGUUGAAAGUACUGUACUGAUACUUUGAUUCGGAAAGGAGUGAAAUUCAAAAAUCGAUAUUCGUUCAUUCAUACUGAUUCCUAAGUUAAUCCACAUUAAAUUUUGCAAGUAAAACUCAUAUGUUAAGUUUCAGUGUGCUUAGAAACAAUGUGUUAAGAACAAUGUGGCUGAUAAAUUAUCAUGAAUGGAUAGAUGAAACAUUAUGCAGAUUUCUUUGAAGACUGAUAAAUAUCAAUAAAAUUAAAACAUAAUUGCAAUUUCGUCAAAAUGAACAAAUUAUGGGGCUACAUUUUAUUUCAAGGAUGGAUGUCUUAUUUAAUGACAGCCGGACUUUUAGUGUUUACAAGUGGUUUUCUUCUUAAUCGAGUAUCUAGACCAGAACGAGCAGAAUGCAAGACUUGUACAACGUUUGAAGAUUGUAGCAUAACGAACAUCUUUAAAGACACACAACAUGCUGCUGCAAUCUGUCUAGAACCCAAAGCUAGAGUUGUGCUUCUUGUAGUUGAUGCUUUAAAAUAUGAAUUUGCGACUUGGUAUGAUGACAGUACUUCGGCAACAACUUUUCAUCGUAACAAAUUACCAAUAAUUCAUGAACUCCUGGAAAAAAAGCCUUUGUAUACCCGUCUGUAUAAAUUCAUAGCAGAUCCCCCAACAACUACGAUGCAACGUCUUCAAGGUCUUACCGCAGGAUCUUUACCUACAUUCAUAGAUAUUGGUUCGAAUUUUGCUUCUGGAAAUAUCGGCGAAGACAAUUUUAUUGAACAAACUGCUGCAAAGGGUGUUGUUUUUAUGGGUGAUGAUACUUGGAUCAAUUUAUUUCCUGGAAAAUUUAAACGCCAGUUUCCUUCUUCAUCAUUUAAUGUAUGGGAUCUUGAUACCGUUGAUAGGGAAGUCAGAUAUCGAAUUUUCUUUGAAAUGAAAAAGAAUGAUUGGUCGUUACUUGUAGCACAUGUUCUUGGAAUUGAUCAUUGCGGGCAUAAACAUGGUUCGCAGCAUCCUGAAAUGUCUAGGAAAUUGAAUGAUACUAAUAAUCUUAUAAAAGAGAUUAUUGAUUCUCUUGAUAAAGAUAUGAUAUUAUUUGUUGUUGGAGAUCAUGGUAUGACAGAGAGUGGAGAUCAUGGUGGAGACAGCCCUAGCGAAAUAGAGGCUGCCAUGUUUAUAUAUUCAACUGUUCCCCUUAUACAGAAAGAUUUGAUUAAGAGCACUGGAAGUGUAAAUCAAAUUGAUCUUGUUCCUACAUUAGCAUCAAUUCUUGGGGUACCUGUACCAUUUUCUAAUUUAGGAUCUAUAAUAUUAGAUUCUUUACCAGGGAAUAUAAUUCCAAUAGAUGAUUCACCGGAUCAAUUGUUAUAUCCAUUACAUAGUCUCUGGAGGAAUAUUGUUCAAACAAAAAAUUAUAUAGAUGUUUAUUCUGCUGAUACACAAUUAUUUACUAAAACACAAUUACAAAGGUUAGAAAAUAUGUAUACAUUUCUGUCCAUUCAAGUAAAGCAAAUAAAUAAUUUAGAAGAGUUCAAAUCUUUUGUAGAGACCUCAAAACAAUACUUUAAUGAACUUAAAGAUGUAUGUUCAGAAGUUUGGGUGCAAUUUGAUUCUAAAUUAAUGUCAAAAGGAUUACUUUUAAUGUUUUGCACUUUGUUCUUCUCUUACUUGAUUAUAAGUGGUAUUCCACAACACCGUAUGUCUGCAAUAUUUGAUACUCCAUUUUUACAGUGCUCUGUACUAAUAAAUUCAGUAAUUGUUAUGAUAGUUCUUUGUUUGUUCUUUUUAGAUAUUAUUACAGAUUUAAAAAACACAAUAUUUUUUGCUACUGGAACAGUUUCCAUUUUCCUUCUACUUCUAGUAAUUAUUCCAAAUUGGGAUGUAAUCUCGAUGAAUUUUUACAGCUACCGUAAAUUUAACAAAUGGUCUUUUUUUAAUAGAGUAAUACUCAUAUUAACUUUUUGUGGCUUAUUUUCUAAUAGUUAUAUUGUUGAAGAGGAUAAUGUAUUAGCUUUUCUACUUGUUACAUUAAUUUGCUUACUUGUUUUUAGUGUAAGAGAAGGAAAUAUUGAAAAGAGGAUGAAGACAUUUUCCAGGCAAUCAGCAAGAUCAAAUUCAAGUACAAUUAUAAUCGUCAUUCUAUGUUUAGCUUGUAUUUCUAUCAGAUUAUCAUAUUAUUUUUGGCAAUGUCGUGAAGAGCACCAAAAUCGUACUUGCUCCAUGUUUGUAAGUAAUAAAGUUGGUUCUUUCAUACCAAAAAAUAUAGAACGUAUUUUAUUAGUUAUCACUUUGUUCGUGCUUGCAUUGUAUAUAACAAUUGUUAGAAUUUGGUUGCGGAAUUGUGGAAACCUUACAGGUUUUUCACUUAGUAUUAUUGUAGGACAAUAUUGUCCAGUGAUUAGUGGUGUUUGCAUCGGAUGUUAUUGGGUUUUACAAAGGCUUCCAAAAUUAUCUAAAGUAAAAUUUGCUCUUUCUUGGCAAAUGUAUGCAUUACCAAACAUGGUUUAUAUGAUAUGUUCUCUCUCCAUAUUUAUCCUUUAUUAUCGGCCACUUAAUGUAUAUUUGUUACCAAAAAAGAAAGAAUCAAUCAAUAUUUAUCAACGUGAGAAUAUAAUUCCUCAAUUGUUUGAAAAAAUAAAGGAAUCGGUAUGUCAAAAAGAAACGAAUAUAGACGAAACUCCAGUUGUUUAUGGUUUGGGUACAGUGUACAGUGCUGCAUUUAUUUCACUGAACACUUUUCUUACACUGUUAUAUUCUUUAUUGUUAGGUGAUAUGUUAUCUCCCAGUACUUUUUUAAUGUUUAUCACAUGUAUCUCAGUUUUGAGCUUGUCUGCUAUGGAGAGGUAUAAGCAUGCAACCAGUGCCUCUGAUCUUGUCAAUGUACCUACCUCAACACUUCUUUGCUGGUUUCUGAUAGCAGAAUACUUCUUUUAUGGAACUGGUCAUCAAGCAACAUUUUCUAAAAUUCAAUGGGAUGCUGCUUUUGUUGGAACAGGUGGCCAUUUUCAUGGAAAUUUAUUACCGGCAAUUCUUAUUGGGAUCAAUACAUUUGGAUCGUACAUUAUAUUGGGAGCAAUGUUACCUCUAUUAGUGAUUGUUCCAUUUACGCUAUACCUCAUAUUCCCAAAUUUAUGUAGAAAUAAGAUUUGCGAAGAUAACAUGAAAAGAGGUGAACUUGUACUAUAUGAACAAGAAUCUAUAUUCCAUGGGGCUAUAUUUGCUGCCUCAGGAAAAUAUAUAUUGUUUCAUGGAAUCAGAACUUUUGGUUCCAUGCUUGCUGCAACAAUUCACUGCCGACACUUAAUGGUUUGGAAAAUUUUUGCACCAAAGUUAAUAUUUCAAGGUAUAGGAUUUUUAGUAACUUUAUGCAGUGUACUAGCAUCACUUUAUAUGGUAUUAAGAAUUGAUCGACAAGUUGAACGGUUGAUAAAACGUAUCGUAAAACAUAGGUGAUAAUAUUUGAAAAAAGUACUGUACAAUUUGAUAAUAAAAGAUUCAGAAGUUUGUCUUUGUAUGCAAACUGAUAAAGUCUGAGCAUAUGAAGAGACAAUAAGUUAAAAAUUGUCUAAAUUCCUGAAGAAAGAUCAUAGCUUUGUACAGUAAAAAGUACUAUAUAGUUCAAACAUAUACAGAAUAAACAUUGUUGAAAAUUGUAUAUACCUGCCAGAGUGAGAAGUAUAUUAUUAAGUAUUAAAUAUUGAGAACUAAUUUACUUUGAACACAUAACAAAUCGGAGUUUCUCUUCUUAUGUAUGUGUUAAAAAUAGAAAAAGAAAGACACGUUUGAAGAAGUAUAGAAUAAAUAUAGAAAAAAUUUCGAUUAUACUUAUAUUAUCAAACUUUUAUAUAGCGCUACUAGAUCGGAUUAGUGAAUGCGAUAAUUUUGUAGAAACGAUAAGUAACGAUGAAAAAAGGAAAAGUGAAAUUGCCUUUAGAUAAGAUUAUAAAUAUUUAAGUACUUCAUAUUGUGCUAUGAAAAACGCACGAAUGUAUUUUAGCUACGGAAAAAUCUAAAACAGAAAAACUUGUGAUCAAACUACAGUCAGUCAUAUUCUUAGUGUGAUUUUUUAGAUUGAUUUAUCUUUAGUUUCUAUAGAGGAAUUAUGCGCAGAAUUAUGUAUAAGUUAUGUGUGUACUUACCAGUACUGCCAAUAUUUCUAAAAUUUUCUACGAAGUUAUAAUUAAGCUAUAUAUUAAUAAGAAUUUCAGAACAUCUGUCAUAAGUCACGGUGCUUCCUAACACAUUAACGCUACCCUGCGUGCAAUGCAUUGCUGAUUGCAAAAUAACAUAACAAUGCACUUGAUGCAGGAUUGCGUUUACGUGUGUGUUAUUAUGCCCUAGAGUCGUAAAAUGUAGUCAUCAAAAGUUACUCUUAUGACACAAGCCGUUUGUGAUGAGCGAUAAAAAAUAAGAAAAGUGUGCAACGAAAACUACUUGCAUACUUACUUCAGGGAAAUAAUAAAAAUUAAGUAAACUUUAAUACUCAACAUACAUCUGCAGUUAAUAUUCAUUGUUAAUAAAAAUUCAACUAUCUAUGUGA